AAAGGGCUGUUGAAGGAUUGCAUCUCAAGCCAGACUGAAAUGGAGAGGGCAAAAAAGUAUGAAGAAAUAGAAGAAAUCCUUGCAAAGCUGGACCACCUGAUGCCCAAUGUCACUUUCAGGGAUAUAACAACCACCACAAGUGCCAAGAAUAGCAAAGCCACCAUCUUGAACCAGAAAGACUCUUACUGUGUAGGAGAACACUUAAUGGUCCGACUGGAUUUAUAUGACCAUUCAGGACACCAGAAGGUCUAUGGAGGAGACUUCUUAAGAGCAAGGAUCUACUCUCUGGACCUCAAGGCUGGAGCGUCUGGGAGUAUCAAAGACUUCAGGAAUGGGACGUACCUGGUCAAUUUCACUUUAUUUUGGGAGGGGAACGUCAGAGCCUCCAUCUUGCUCAUCCACCCCAGCGAGGGAGUUUCCGCCUUGUGGGUGGCAAGGAAGAAAGGCUAUGACAAAAUUGCUUUCAUAGGCAAAUUUUUGAAUGGAACAUCUGAAGUCACCACUAAAUGUGGAUUUAACCUGACCAGAAAUGGAGAACUGUGUGAGUAUCUGGAUGAGCGGGACCAAGAAGCCUUCUACUGCCUCAAACCAAGGCAUGUGCCAUGUGGAGCUUUCAUUGAGCUGAGGUCCUACAACAAACCUAUCUCAUAUCUGACAGCAUUGGAACAGAGUCUUUUAAAGAGGUCCAACAUUGGAGUUGAGAUCCCUCAGACGUUUGGGGACAUUGCUGUCGUACCCUGCAAAGGGAAGACGAGGCCUAGAGACAAAUGUCAGAUCGGGAUGGAAUCACCUGUGCCCAGUGGCUACGUUUUGGACAGUGUCUGGAACCCGGCAUUUUGUUCAGUCACUGAUUUUAAACGUCUGGACAAGAUCCAAGCCUGCCUGAGGAGCAAAACAGUAUAUCUCAUGGGGGAUUCUACCUCUUUUCAGUGGAUUGAUUACCUUUCCCAAAAGUUGACAACCCUGAAGUACUUUGACCAUCCCGGCAUCCCUGUGUUCAAGACACGCUUGGCUCUGGAUGUGGAGAGGAAUAUUUUCAUCCAGUGGAAAAAGCAUGGUCUCCCGAUUGUGACACACUCAUUCUACUCUGUCAAGGACUUGGGCUACGUUGCACGAGAGAUCAGCCAAAUCCCAGGGGACUGUGACACGGCCAUCAUUGUUGCCCUGGGCCAACACUUUCGGCCAUUCCCCAUGGACCUCUUCGUCCGGAGGCUUGUGAACGUCCGUAGCGCCAUUGAGAGCCUUCUCCUGAGGAGCCCAGAAACUAAAAUCAUCAUCAAAGCAGAAAACAUCAGAGAGAUGCACGGUGAUAUUGAACGGUUUGGGAACUUCCAUGGAUACACUCAGUACCUGGCUGCAAAAGACAUUUUCCAAGGUCUCAAGGUUGGUAUGAUAGACGCUUGGGACAUGACGGUGGCCUACAAUACAAACAGUGUCCACCCACCUGACCAUGUAGUUUGGAGUCAGAUCAUGAUGUUUCUAACAUACUUCUGUUAGUCGGAACAGCAUUGGUCAACCAAGGGGACCCUCUUGGCGAUGACAACUCACCCCACUGAAUCUGAGGGGUCCAAUGCAGUGGAGUCAGACAUGAUGGCUGUGGUCUCCAUCCACAAAUCGGAGAAGAUCAUGGCCAUAGCAGCUGGUGAGGAACUUCGGCAGGGUUGGCCCUAAUCUCAGCCAAUGUUAAGGGAUUUUGGAGCAAAGAGGUAUCAGUUCUUGUAAAGUGAUUAAUGAGAGAGGAGAGUCUAGAUAAUGCUUUGCCUGUUGUAUCUUUCUUUGGCCUAUUGCUUCCUUCUUACCUGCAAAAGCAUCAUUUACCUCUCCCUUCAACAAGUCUUUGUAUUCCUUUUGCUCAGGAAGGAGCAUCCAUGGGGCUCCAACCCUAAU